AUGUUGAUACUACUUUUAUUCCUGUUAUCACCAGCGGUUGCAGUAGUCGAACGUUGUCACCCGGAAGAUAAAGCAGCAAUUCUUAAAUUCAAAAACAGCUUUUCAAAUGGGCCUCAGCUCUUGCCAAUGUGGACGUCUGAUCGUGACUGCUGUGACAUAUUUGAUUGUGAUGAGACCACAAAUCGCAUUAUAGACUUCUCCCUCACCAACUCCAACCUUGCAGGCACAAUACCCGAUGUCAUUGGUGAUUUGACAUAUCUGAAGACACUUCGCUUGCACAAGAUGCCAUUUCUUGUAGGUGAAAUUCCCCGAGGCCCAAUUCCAUCCUCUCUAGCUACUUUGCCAAAUAUGAUUGGGCUAGACAUUAGUCGAAAUCGACUCACGGGGUCAAUCCCCGAGUCAUUUGGUCAUCUUGUCUCUCCAGCCUUGCAAGGCCUAAGUUUAUCUCAUAACAUGCUCUCUGGUGAGAUCCCUAUAUCGAUUGGGAAAAUGAAGAUCUAUCAGAUUGAUGUAUCGAGAAACAACUUAUCAGGAGAUGCCUCGAUGUUGUUUGGUGCAAUGAAGAGUACUAGUGUAAUUGACAUUUCACGAAACAAUUUCGAGUUUGAUUUCUCGCGAGUGAGUUUCAUGGAGGAGACGUUGGUAACAUUGGAUAUAUCACAUAAUAAGAUAUAUGGGAAGAUACCGACUCAAAUACUGAAAGCAACAAUGUUACAAUUUUUAAAUGUAAGUUACAACAAAUUAUGCGGAGAGAUUCCUUCGCCGUGGAAACUAAGGUAUCGAUCUGAAGGGUUCGAUAACACUUCAUUCAUACACAAUCAAUGUUUGUGUGGAUCGCCACUCGCACACUGUAAAUAA